UGUGCUUGAUAUCUUUUUCCAAACUUUAAAAUUGGUAGGAUGGUAUACUUAGCCCCUCAUUUACGAUGAAUAUUCAUCCUCUAUAAGGUAGCAUAAUAUUUGAUUUCUCGCACUUCUCAAUUAAACUGUGAUGUUGCCAAUCGACAAAAAAUACUUGUGAUCAUACUUAGACGCCAUCGCUACAGAAGUUUGAGAAAUAGUGCCUUGUUAUUUAUUAUUUCAAACUCUCAAAUUUAGACGUUGUUGCGUAGCUCUUAUUCGUUCCCUUUUACACUUUGGGAUGUGAUUUUGAAACUUGGGCUAUUAGUAAAGACCACAUUUUUGUAUAUGAACAAACAAAAUCUUUUUUAAUUUGUAUUUUCCAAGUUAGGUUGCACCUACCCACAUAAUUUUUGUAUUUUUCUCAUUCAAUAAUGAUAUGAACGAAUUAUACAAUUAUUUAAAGACAACACAUAACUAAUGACUUCCAAAUAAUUGAUUCCAUGAUAGGUAAAAGGUGUACUUAAUAGCCUAACCCAUAUUUUGUGAUUUUUUUAAAACACCUUGUUAGUUAAGCACUACCUCAACAUCCUAGCAAUUAAAAUCGCCUCUUAUCAAUUCGAAUCCAAUUAAAGCGACAAGAUACUAUGAUUUCCCCGAUUGGACGUAAUUUAUAACGUCUGCCUUGCUACUCCACUCGUUUAGGCUAUAGCUAUUCAACCGCUUACAGACUAACUUUGUUAAUAGCCAAUUUAGGUUUUUUAAGAGAGUUUCAUUAAGAAUGCGACCGGGUCAAAGCCAAAUGGAAAGUACAAGUAGAAAAAAUGACCAGAUUUGAAACCCAAAACAAAGAAGCCCAAACACAAAUGAGCCGGUACCCAAUAGGGCCCAGACCCGGGCCAAAACAUGAAGAGAAUUCCAAACCCUAGACACCCAUCCACCCCCUCUGGAACCUUAGCCGCCGCAGCCGAGUUCGCCACCGCUGCUUGGUUGCCCAACCACCACCUUCAAGCACCAAACACAAGGGAACGAUCUCCACCAAACCCGGAAAGAAGGGAAGAGGAAAAGAACCUCCAAUCAACCCUCCCCGAGCCAGCCGAUCUACGCCGAGAGAACUCCGGGACAACAUCAUCAUCCGACCGGUCGCCGACGAAACAACCAGAGGGGAUGGUACUACAGUCUUCAAUCUCUCCACUCCGCGUCCAACGCCAAAGGUUGCAUCUCCGACUCACCAAGAUCUGCAAGGAAAGACAAGGAGGUAGACGAGGGAGAGGAAAUGAGAAGACUAUUCAGAUCUGACCUCCAAUCGCAUCUUAAAUCAGUCCACCAUCUCCAGAUCUAAGAACCAGAUCGGAGGAACAAAAGAUCAAUCCAACAACGGGGGAGAAAGGAACACCCAGCAAAGGGAGAAAUAGAGGCUUGAAAUGGCGAGAAAAAUCUGAAAUCAGAAGGAGAAUAAUGUACAACAUGCAAAGAAGAAGACGAUCGAAAGACAAAAGGAGCGAAGGGCUACCGCUGGUCGCCGGAAAGACGCCGACAGCAGCCCCCUCUCACAUCUGCAAAUGGAAUAUGAAGAGAGAAGACAGAGAGUUUAAAAAAGGAGAGAGAAAGAAAAUUUUUUAAUUGACAUCCAAUUAAUUAGGUUAAACUGU